AUGGCCGUAAACGCUUCCGUCGCGUUCGACCUCCCUCCUUUGCCAACCUAUACACUCAAAACGCGAGAGAACCUGCUUGAUCCGAUUCCCGAUAACGUUCUUGCGUUGCUCUUACCCAUCAUCGCCUAUUGGGGCAUGUCCAUGAUCUAUCACUAUCUGGAUGUUAAUGAAUACUUUGUUGAAUACCGACUCCACACCCCCGCAGAGGUCUUGAAGCGGAAUCGCGUGACUCGGUGGGAAGUUGUUCGUGAUGUCGUAUUGCAACAAAUCAUCCAGACCGUGGCAGGUCUUGCGGUAGUAUAUUUCGAUGCGGAGGAGACUGUUGGAAGAGAGGAGCACGAUGUGGCCGUGUGGGCACAGCGAUUGCGGAUUGCCCAGAAGGCCCUCCCAUCAUUGUUGGCUCUUGUUGGAGUGGAUGCGGUUGGCCUUGCCAAGUCUAUGUCCCAAAGCGGCCACACGAUUCUCGCCGGAGCUUUGGCCGGUGGUUCCUACCCAAGUGCGACACAGUCGCAGAUUCUCGAGAAUGGAGCUGAAGUUCUCGCCCCCGCUUUCAUGGGCUGGGAACUUGCAGUUGCAGGCUUCAUCUACUGGUACUUCGUGCCGGCUCUGCAGUUUAUGCUUGCCGUCUCUAUCGUGGAUACUUGGCAGUACUUCCUCCACCGGGCCAUGCAUUUGAACCGGUGGUUGUAUGUGACCUUUCACUCCCGUCAUCACCGUCUCUAUGUUCCAUAUGCCUUCGGUGCUCUCUACAACCACCCGGUUGAGGGAUUCCUAUUGGACACGGCUGGCACUGGAAUUGGAUUCUUGGUUUCCGGCAUGACUAACCGCCAGGCCAUGUGGUUCUUCACCUUCUCGACUAUCAAGACUGUCGAUGAUCACUGUGGCUAUGCCUUCCCCUGGGAUCCAUUGCAGCAUUUCACCUCCAACAACGCCGCUUACCAUGACAUCCACCACCAAAGCUGGGGUAUCAAGACCAAUUUCUCCCAGCCUUUCUUCAUCUUUUGGGAUCGUCUUCUUGGCACCCAGUGGACUGGCGAGGUUAAGCUGCGUUACGAGAGAGCCCGUGAGAAUGCCCAAAAGCAGGUGGACUUUGAUGUUACCCAGACACCUGAAGCCGCUCCUGCUGUGACGGUUACAGAGGAACGCGAACACGAGCGCGUGAUUGUCUCGCCCGAGGGGCCCGCCACCCGCACCCGUCUGCGCCGAAAGACUGUCGAUAGUCUCAAGGGCCCAAGUCAUGGGGUUCCUGGAAGUGUUCUCCACAACUAA